CAUAUUUGAUAGCGUUUUUACAUAUCAAAAGAAACUAUAGCAUCACGAUAUUCCAUGUAAGGAUUAUUUAUAAAAUAUUGCAUUUUCAUCUUUAAUUUAAAGUAAUAUAGCUAUACCGUAUUAUCGAAGUUGUUCAUAGAAACAAAUUCUGUAUUGGUUUUUUAUAAAAAAAAAAUACAAACGCUUAAAUGGAGGGAGCGAACUAGUGGGCACGUUUAUUUGGUAGCAUCAUUAAUGAAUCUUUCAUGAAAACACCGGCAAAAUAUUUCAAGAAGAUGAACACGUGCUCCAUAUUUCGAUUUUUUAAAAUGAAAAUUUCGAAUUUUCAUUUAUGUACUCCAUUCAAAGUCUGCGCUUGUCUUGCUUUGGACUUCAAGGCCGCCAGUCCGCCACAGCUCACGGCCUCGCGCUGCUGUGUCUGUGUGGACUCUGGACGCGACCCCAAAUUCAAAAUUGGCUAACGUCUCCUCCCCUCCGCUCCCCAUUUCAAACCAAGACCCCAUCUCAGCUGCCGGCCCCCUCCACCACCGCAUCUCCGAUCUGCCACCGCCUCCGCCUCUGCUUCCGCCCCACCCAGCUGCGGAAGUCCUCCUCCGCCUCCGCUGCACCCGCGAUGCCGUCGGACGGCGUCGACGACGAGCUCGGCGGCGGGAGCGUCGCCCCCGCCCCCGCGCGGUUCGAGCUCCAGGAGGACCCCUCCUUCUGGAAGGACAACAACGUGCAGGUUGUGAUCCGUAUCCGGCCGCUCAGCGGCAGCGAGAUAUCGCUGCAGGGGCAGAAGAGGUGCGUCCGGCAGGAUAGUAGCCAGAGCCUUACGUGGACUGGACAUCCUGAGUCUCGGUUCACGUUUGAUCACGUCGCGGACGAGCAUGUCACGCAGGAGAAUAUGUUCAAGGUUGCUGGAGUGCCAAUGGUGGAGAAUUGCAUUUCUGGCUACAACAGCUGCAUGUUUGCUUAUGGGCAGACUGGAAGUGGAAAGACACAUACAAUGCUUGGUGAUAUAGAAAAUGGGACACGGAGGAACAAUGCGAAUUGUGGUAUGACGCCUCGAGUGUUCGAGCAUCUCUUUGCUAGAAUCCAAAAGGAAAAGGAAAUAAGGAGGGAUGAAAAGCUCAGGUUUACAUGUAAAUGCUCUUUUCUGGAGAUAUAUAAUGAGCAGAUUCUUGAUCUGCUCAACCCAAAUUCUGUAAACUUGCAGAUAAGAGAGGAUGCCAAAAAGGGUGUCCAUGUUGAGAAUCUGACGGAACAUGAGAUCUCCAAUGCUCGAGAAGCGCUUCAACAACUUAUUGAGGGGGCAGCAAACAGAAAGGUAGCAGCCACUAAUAUGAACCGAGCAAGUAGCCGCUCUCACAGUGUUUUCACUUGCCUUAUAGAGAGUAAGUGGGAGUCGCAAGGUAUCAACCACCAUCGAUUUUCUCGGCUCAACCUUGUUGAUCUUGCGGGCUCAGAGAGGCAAAAAAGCUCAGGUGCUGAAGGAGAGCGCUUGAAGGAAGCUACCAACAUCAACAAGUCACUCUCAACUUUGGGACUUGUCAUUACGAACCUCAUUGCUGUGUCAAACAAAAAAUCACACCACGUUCCCUACAGAGAUUCAAAAUUAACAUUCCUCCUCCAGGAUUCGCUUGGAGGAAAUUCAAAGACGACUAUAAUUGCAAACAUAAGCCCAUCUCAUUGUUGUGCUGCUGAGACACUAAGCACAUUGAAGUUUGCGCAACGAGCUAAGUACAUAAGGAAUAAUGCUAUCAUUAAUGAGGAUGCCUCUGGUGAUGUUCUCAGCAUGCGCUUACAGAUCCAGAACCUUAAGAAAGAAGUUAGCCGUUUGCAAGGACUAGUAGGUUCUGAUAAAACUGAAGGCCUUGGUUCUCAUGGAUUUGUCUGUGAGUCUCCUAGCAUGUUCAAAUGGGAUCAAGGUCAUGGCACAUUCAGUCCACUUAAUUUUGAUAAAAGGACUACACAGAAGAAUGAUUACGAUGCUGCCCUUGUCGCUGCUUUUAGGAGGGAGCAAGAGAAGGAAGCACAAUUGAAGGCAACAAUAGCUGCAAAACAGAUUGCUGAACAGCUGGCAGCUCAAAAGACAGAAGAGGUAAGAAGUUUCAAGAUGAGGCUUAAGUUUCGUGAAGAUCGGAUCAAAAGAUUGGAGCAGGUUGCUUCAGGAAAAUUAUCUGCUGAGGCGCUUCUUUUGCAAGAGAGGGAAAGCCUUGUGAAGGAGUUAGAGGUCCUGCGGAGUCAAUUAGAUCACAAUCCAGAAAUCACGAAAUUUGCAAUGGAGAACCUACAACUAAAAGAAGAGCUGCGAAGGUUGCAGUCAUUUGUUGAUGAAAGUGAACGGGAAAUGAUGCAUGAUCAAAUAAUUAUUUUACAAGAUAAGCUGCUAGAGGCUCUUGACUGGAAGCUUAUGCACGAGAAAGAUCCUGUCAACAAGGGCCUCUCAUUAUUUGGGGAGUCAGCUGGUGAUGAGGAAAAUGAGUUCCUUCGUUUGCAGGCUAUUCAGAAUGAGAGAGAAAUCGAGUCAUUGCGUAAAAAAUUGACCUUCUGCCUUGAAGCAAAGGAGAACCUUGAGAGGCGUGUUGAUGAACUAACCACGGAAUUGGAAGUUGCAAAGAAACAUGAUGACAUAAAUAAUGAAUGCAAGGCUGUCGAACUCCAGGAGCAAGGAGAGGCAGGUUUACAUAACUUAUCUGAUGCUCAGAUAGAACUUAAGACUUUGGUUGACGCAAUAUCUUCGGCAAGUCAAAGGGAAGCAGAAGCCCAUGAAACUGCAAUUGGUUUGGCCAAAGAAAAUGAAGAAUUGAGGAUGCAGCUUAAGGUUUUGAUUGAGGAUAACAAGAGACUGUUUGAUCUAUAUGAACAUGCUAUUGUAAAUGUUGAGGCAAAUCAAGAUGGAAACUGCCCUACCAUUCCUGGAAAUGAACAUGCAAGUGGUCAGCAAGGUAGUCAUCCUUUUGGAGAAAACCUUGUGAAUGAAGAUCUGCCUAAUGCCCCACCAGCAGGCCCAUCAGAUUUGCAUGCACACAACUCAUCCAGCAUGGAAGAAGAGUCUAAGAUAGCGGAUGAGAAAUGCAUCAACGAGGAUAACUUGUCAAGGAAUACAUCUGCUGAACUGUGUCUUCAGCUGGAAGAGAUGCACGAGGAAAAUGAUAGACUUAUGGGUUUGUAUGAGAAAGCUAUGCAGGAAAGGGAUGAAUACAAAAGGAAAAUUUUAGAGCAAAGCAACUCUGAAACUGUAAAAGAGAUUCGGUCGGAUGAAAAAGAUGAUGAAAUGAGUGAAGCCGCAGAUCCUAAGAGUCUUGAAGUGAAACAUGUUCAUGACUCUACAAUUUUAGCUUUGAAAGAAGUGCUGCAGCUUGUUCGGACUAAGCUGGAGCUUGUCCAAGACAAGGUUGUGUCUGCUCAGGAUGCAGUAAAAUAUUUUGAGCUACUCGAAAGGGUAAGUAGAAAGGCGGAAGAACUUUCUGCAAGCAUUCAGCUUCGUCGUCUAGACGUGCAGCAUGGUCAGGAAGAAACCAAGGCCCUGAAGUCUGCACUGUCAGAAUCACAGGACAAGAAAGAUACUUUUGAAGGCAAGUAUUUCUUGCCUGCAGCAUCGUGUUGGAACUUGGAUUUGAAGACCAAAGCCAUUGCUUCAUCCAAGUUUGAUUCUAACUUUGCAUUGAUGAAUGAAAAGAAGGAACAGUUGAAUCUUCUCCAAACUCGCAAAAACCAACUAUCUGCCAUGAGAACAAGGGCACAUGAAUCUGAAACUGAGUUGCGAAGCAAAAUUGAUGGCCUUAAACUGAAGCUUCGCUCUUAUGAAGCUCAAAGGAAGGAGGAAGAAAAGGUUCUGUUCGCUAUUGAUAAUCUUGAUACAUCUACUGCAUUGACACAUAAACCCAAGAAUUUUAGUAAGGCAACUGAUCUGCUGAAAUCUGAGGAGGAGCGGAUAAAGCUUUCAUGUGAACUGCAGAACGCCCGUGAACAGCUUCGCAUAGUUCACAAGGAAAUAAAAAGUAUGCAGAAAUGUGAUUAUAUUGAUUGCGAGAUGGCACUCCUUGAAACAGAAAUAGAAGAUUGCUGCCUCUCCUUGCUGGAAGCUGACAUUGAGAAGUUUGUUCGUGACAACACAUUGGCAGAGGUUUGGGAGGGUGAGGUGAAGAACAUGGAGGCCUUGCUGAUUGACUACCAGGACUGUGUUUUCCAUGUCAACUUGAAGGAGGAAGAGAUCAAGGUGUGUGAGGAGUCCUUGCAGCAUCAAGCCAGGGGUCUGGAUGAACUGCACUUGAAGCUAAAUCAAGCGAUGCGGGAGCUAGCUGAGCUUCUGCAUGACAGAAGAAGCUUAACCUCUUGCAGCUUGGAUCAAUCCAUGCCGCCUGUUGGUGAAAAGGUGGCAACGGAUCUUGAGUCCGUCCGGAUCCAUGUCGCUGAAGCUAAGCAGCUUUUGCUUCUCGACAGCCAAGCAAAUUUGUGAACCUGUGCGACUAGCCUCAGAUUCCUUCACUGAUGCAAUGAUUCCCACCGACUGACAGGCUACUCUGUCUUGCCUUCUGCUCAGUUACAUUUGUAGCAAGACGUCAGCGAUCAGACGCUGGCAUGCUGCCACUUCUAGUAAUUUGCUUCGCAGGAUGGAAACAUCCUGAUCCUUUUUUUUUCUUGCGGCCGCCUAUCCUCUGGUGGGCUAGUUUCAAGUCAUCAACAGGUCCUGGGCUCCUGGCUACACUUGCAGGUGCAGGACAUACUGAUUUGACAUGAUACCGAAUCCAUGGAGGCAUGACCUCUUGUUUCUGUAACUCUCUAGACUAAUAACAGGCAGUGAGUGGACUUGUAUCAUAAGUUAAUCUGAAACUGGGUGGAUGCUUUUACACUAGUUGAAGAAUGCUGCACUCCAGCAUCAUGUAAAAAGCUUUGGCCUGAUCUUGACUUUUAUCGUAAGUGACGAGUGUGUUCUGCUGCAAACAGUGUGCCAAGUUCGUCUGGCUUCUAGCUAGCGUCUGGUGGAAUGUAAAUGUUCCUUUAUUUUGGUUCCCCUCUAGACUGUCUGAUGAUCUCCUGUUGUUAGUGUAGUUUGGACAUCUGUGGAAGCUUCUUCAGCUCUUGUCCCGUUGCUUAACUGGUUUGUAAUUAUAAAUUGGUUCUUCAGUUUGCCAUCAGAUUCUAGUAGUUCAA